AUGCUGUUUGCAGACGAGUCCGGCUGGAAGGAGCGGAUCGCAGGGUCCCUCAAGAACUCCAAUUUCAACGAUAUGAAGAACACAGCGUUCAUGCUGGUCAUGGCUCUAUGGGCCAAGACCACACGGCGCAUGCGGUUUGCCGGUGGGGUAGUGUUCUUUGUCCUCACCAUGGUAUAUUUCUCGGGUGCACUACGCCAGGCACCAAGCGGCAUCGACUACCAGAGCCGUGCCCGGGCGCGGUACAACGAGUCCAAGGUCGGCCUGCUGAUUGAGAACCGUUCUUUCCCGGUCCUGGCACCGCUUAUGCUGCAUUUCAUCUCGGUGGUGCCACCCGACUGGCGGUUCCGCUUCAUGGGUUCGAUCGAGUCGGUCAAGAAGAUCAACGAGUCGGUCGCUAUCCAGGAGCAAGUGCGGGCGGGCAAGCUGGACCUGACAUACAUCCCGUCCAACAUGACAACGGGAAGCCAGGAGGAGAUCAGCCGCUUCCUAACGACGUUGUGGCUGUACGAGACCGUGCUCCAGCCGGCGGAAUGGCUGCUGCUCUUCCAGACGGACAGCAUUCUGUGUGCCAACUCGCAGAGGAAUUUGAACGACUACCUCGAGUAUCACUGGAUCGGUGCCCCUUGGACCAAGGACAGCCGCUGGGGCGGUAACGGCGGCCUGUCUCUUCGCCGGGUGAGCGCCAUGAUCGACGUUCUGCGUGAGCAGGUUCGCAUAGACGGCAGCGAUCCGGAAGACGUCUGGUUGGCUGAGCGUCUGGGUCACCGGCCGAAGUCCAAGGUGGCUAACGGCACUGUGUCGCUGACAUUUUCGGGCGAGUCCUUUGAGGGAGCCGAGACCAGGCUGGACAACUUUACGCUCUCCAACGCCAAUUCCAGCGAGAUCGCCGCUGCUGCCAAGGCUGGCAAGCUGGUUGACGGCGUCGACAACUAUCGUGUCGGCUUCUACGAGCCGAUGGGCUACCACACCGGCGGCUCGGGCAAAUAUCUAAACGGUCAUGUCUGGGGCACGCCCGAACAGCGGCGCCACAUCUGGACCUACUGCCCAGAGGUCAAGAUGACCCUGGCCAUGGACGCGGCCAAAUUCGUGCCGGGCGAAUGCGGUGCUGUUUGGAAGCGGACUGUCAACAUCCCUGGCGCACAUGGCGUUGUGGAUGUCGGCUACGGUACCGAAAUCAUCGAUGACAUACAGUAUCCGGUGCUGCCCCCUGGUCUGUAUCCAUGGUGA